AUGACCCGGCAUAGAUCAUUCAUUUACGAGUACGGUGGUUGCCAACUCCCUUCCGUCAACCUUGCCGGUCACCGCAACCCAGCUGACAACGGCUGCAAAUUCAUCGGCCCAGAGAUCACCACUUGCCAGAACCUAGGAAUCAAGGUCUUAAUAUCCAUUGGGGGAGCAUAUGGUCGUCGCCAAUCCCUCACGGACUCUACUGAUGCCAAAUAUCUCGCAGAUUAUAUUUACAAUAAUUUCUUGGGCGGAUACGCUCCAAACCGUCUGUUCGGAGAUGCUGCGUUAGACGGCGUUGAUUUCGACUUGGAGUCGCCAAGUUCAUAUCUUGACGAUCUUGCUAAGUACCUGCACGUAUAUAGUACACCACAACGAAAGGCGUAUCUAUCGGCGGCUCCACAGCGCAUCUUCCCGGAUGCGAACAUUGGAGCUGCACUUAAUACAGGCUUGUUAGACUACGUUUGGAUUCAGUUUUACAACAAUCCUCCAUGUCAAUAUAAUGGGGAUAGUCAAAAUCUUAUUGCAGCAUGGAAGAAAUGGACCUCGUCGAUAAAUGCUCGAUAUUUCUUCGUGGGAUUACCAGGAUCUCCGCAAGCUGCAGGAAGUGGGUAUGCUAACUCCACCCAGAUUUGCAAAGAAAUUCUUCCUGAGAUAAAGAAAUCAGCAAAGUAUGGCGGCGUAAUGAUUUGGUUACAAAAUCAGUCCCGAGAUCAUUAA